ACGUUUGAACGCAUUUUCAGUUGCACGAAUAUAUGACGACGGACGAAGUAAUGUCCGUAUUUCACACGCCACAUGAUCUUGUACCCGAAUAUGAGAUAGUGCCAGUAAAACAUCGUCUAGCGAAAAACAGCGAUUCGGAAGAAGGGUCCGAGAUAACACUGGCAGCAUUCAGAGAAAAUCUCGAGAUGUAUUUACAUCCCACAGAAGGUAUGCUUGCCAGUAACAAUACACCUGUAUGGACUGUCACGUCUGAUCCAAAAUCACCCGAAGGAAUGCGAUACGAUCAAAUACGUGGGGCUACGAAAUUAUUAGGAGUAGCGUACCAAGACGUAGACGGAGCAAGUGCAGUUUUAGUAUCUCCCACUUCCAAUGGUCAAGUGCAUAUAAACGGAGUAAUUAAAAAUUCUUACGUUAUAAAAUCCUUGCCACAACGGUUCUUGAAAGAGGUCGCGUAUGGUGGACAUAAGCUUCUCGAGCCGCAUCACACUAAAAAUAUAACGAAAGAAGACGAUUUCGCUUACACGCAUCAUCACGUAGUGUACAAAAUACCACCGUUGAAGGGAGAUCAAUACAAAGAUUUCAGUAUAUCGGAUCCUGAUGAUGGAAUAAAACAUGAUGCACCAGAGAUUAUUUAUCCCGAGGUACUGGUAAUAGUUGAUCAUAAGUUGUACAAAACUCUCGGCGAAAACAUCCGUCGAGCCGUAAAAUAUAUCAUGGCAUUUUGGAACGGCGUCGACUUGAGAUAUCGUUUAUUAAAUACUCCCAGGAUAUUAUUCAAUAUCGCAGGUAUCGUUAUAGCUAAGGAUGACGAUGCACUUCCAUGUUUAGAGAAAAAUCGCAUCGAACUUUCAAUGGUAGAUUCAGAUCGUGCUUUGCGUUGUACAGCGGAUUAUUUAUAUCGCGAAAACAGAUUUCCGUACGAUUUUUACGACAUGGCUGUCGUCAUGACGCGGUAAGCGUUCGUACCUUUUAUUGUA